AUGGGUGUACGGGGCGGAGUGCACUGCGGGUGGAGAACCCGAGAAAAGCCGCCGUUUCCCCUUCGGCUUCUCGGGAACUCCUUUUCCUGGCGCUUCUCGAAGCCGGACGAAGCGAAGGCAGGCCUCCUGCCCCCGGCGAGCUCGGCCACACCUGCCUACAGGAGCUGCGGCUCUACGAAGCGCUCGACUCUGGCCCCUGCCCGGCCAAGCAGCCGCGCAGAGCUGCCGGCGCCCGCGGGCUCGGAGCUGGUGCCGCCCCGCUGCCGCAGCUUCUGGAGCCGCGGCACACGGCACCUUUGUCUCCUCCGGCCGCCCGAGAAGUUUGUGGUCAGAACCGCUCGGCCCGGCGCACGCCCCCCCCUCCUCCGGCUCGGGCACCCGGCGCUGGCCCUGCUGCAGAAAAGCAAACUCAAGCUUCUGCCUCAUCAGGCAGAGCAAGAGGACUCAACCAAGUUCAUCGUGCUCACCCUGAUCUCCAUCGCUGCCAUCCUGGGGAUCCUCCUGGCUUCCGGCAUCAUCUACUGUCUUCGCCACGGCUCUCACUACAGGCUGAAGGAGAAGCUCUCGGGACCAGGGGGCCACCCGGGCCCGGAUGCCACGGCCGCCUACCAGGAGCUGUGCCGGCAGCGCAUGGCUGUGCGCACAUCUGACCGCCCCGAGGCCCCGCACACGUCCCGCGUCAGCAGUGUCUCGUCUCAGUUCAGCGAUGGGCCGAUGCCCAGCCCUUCUGCAAGGAGCAGCACCUCGUCCUGGUCCGAGGAGCCCGUGCAGUCCAACAUGGACAUCUCCACUGGCCACAUGGUCCUGGCCUACAUGGAGGACCACUUGAAGAACAAGAACCGGCUAGAGAAGGAGUGGGAGGCGCUGUGUGCCUACCAAGCAGAGCCCAACAGCUCACUUGUGGCCCAGAGGGAGGAGAACAUGCCGAAGAACCGCUGCCCGGCAGUGCUGACCUACGAUCACUCCAGGAUCCUGCUGAAGUCGGAGAACAGCCACAGCAACUCCGACUACAUCAACGCCAGCCCCAUUAUGGAUCAUGACCCCAGGAAUCCUGCAUAUAUCGCCACCCAGGGACCACUGCCUGCCACCGUGGCUGACUUCUGGCAGAUGGUGUGGGAGAGCGGCUGUGUGGUUAUCGUCAUGCUGACCCCCCUCUCGGAGAACGGCGUCAGACAGUGCUACCACUACUGGCCGGACGAAGGCUCCAACCUUUAUCACAUCUACGAGGUGAACCUGGUCUCUGAGCACAUCUGGUGUGAGGAUUUCCUCGUGAGGAGCUUUUAUCUGAAGAACCUUCAAACCAACGAGACGCGCACCGUGACCCAAUUCCACUUCCUGAGCUGGUAUGACCAGGGAGUGCCUUCCUCCACGAGGUCCCUUCUGGAUUUCCGCAGAAAAGUAAACAAGUGCUACAGGGGCCGUUCUUGUCCAAUAAUUGUUCACUGCAGCGACGGCGCGGGCAGGAGUGGCACCUACGUCCUGAUCGACAUGGUUCUCAAUAAGAUGGCCAAAGGCGCUAAAGAGAUUGACAUCGCGGCAACACUGGAGCACCUGAGGGACCAGAGACCAGGCAUGGUCCAGACAAAGGAGCAGUUCGAGUUCGCGCUGACGGCGGUGGCCGAGGAGGUGAACGCCAUCCUCAAGGCACUCCCCCAGUGAACCGCACGCUCCUGAGGCCGCGGAGCAACCCCUCACCCCGUGAAUGUUGUUGGGAAUCAUGAUAUGACCUAAUUGUGUGUCUUGUAGUGUAACCACCCAGUAAUAGGGCCCUUAAAAUCCAGUAGUCAGUACAGUUUAGCAGUUAAAAUGUAUUUUUGUUCAACCAAAUAAUAAUAAAGAGAGAUUUAUGGAAACAUCCAAUUACAGGGGGCAACCAGUUCGUCUAUUUUCACUUUCUUGAAAAAAAAAUUAAUUUUCCUUAAAGCACACAUUCACAUUCUUAAUUGCAAACAAUGUCGUAUUAAUGAUGCGGUAAUCCAUGUGUGCAGUAUGGUCGCCAAGGAGAGCUGGUUUGUAAUCUGUAACUUCCUGAAGGAUGGAUCAGCUGUGCGGGGAGGGGACCCAGGGAAGCUGGAGAGGCGCUAAAUACAGGCUUCCGGGUGUAGAGAACACAUUUGGCAUUUGUCUUUAGGAGCGUUUAUCACUGGGAGGAACCACUGGCUUAUUCAGGAGUUAGAUCAGCAGACUGUUAACAUUCUGCAGCUUUGGAGCAAAUAAUAAGAAAAUGGUUGCAGCAUCUCCAUUCUGUUCCUAUCUGGGCUGCUCGUCACCCUCCCCCGAGCACCGUCGACAGCCCACCUCAACCUUCCAUCCCCCAAGGAUGGGCAAGAGCCUCCCCAGGGGAAAACGCUUUCCCAUCCUGGGAGCACCUGCUUCCGAGGCCAGCCACCUCAGGUGACCCUUAACCUGGGCAAGGUUGUGGGUGAGCAGCAAUCAUGCAACAGGUUUUUCACUUUAAAAUUGCUUACAUCCUGCAGAAACAGGAGCAGC